AUGCCCAUCACAAUCCUCGCCCCGCGCGGCACGUCGUCACAUCACAAGCCCUACGCCGCCGCUGGCGCAGGAGACUCGGACUCAGACUCGGACGGCGGCGCCGAUAUCGAGGGCGACAUCUCCAUGCGCCCCGCGAAACGUUCCCACGGCGACACCUACGAGAUCGUCACCCCGGGUGAGAUCAUCACUGACGACCCCCAGUGGAUGAGAGGCCACGGAACCUACAUCACCCAAAACACAACAGACAUAGUCUCCUCCGUAGCAGGCACCGUAACCCGCACAAACAAACUCCUCUCCGUCCGGCCCCUCCGCGCCCGCUACACCCCCGAAAUAGGCGACCUCGUCAUCGGCCGCAUCGUCGAGGUCCAAGCCAAACGCUGGCGCGUCGACGUCGGCUCCUCCCAGCUCGCCAUCCUCCAAAUCUCGGCCAUCAACCUCCCCGGCGGCAUCCUCCGCAAGCGCACCGACACGGACGAGCUCCAGAUCCGUUCCUUCUUCGCCGAGGGCGACCUCGUCGUCGCAGAGGUCCAGCAGCUCCACCAGGACGGCGCCGCGUCGCUGCACACCCGCUCCCUCAAGUAUGGCAAGCUGCGCAACGGCGUGUUCGUGGCCGUCACGGGUACCGGCGGCGGCGGCGGUGUGGUGAGGGCCAAGAGGCAGCAGUGGGUCAUGGACGCGGCGCGGGGCGCGGCAAAAGUUCACGUCACGUUGGGGGUCAACGGCUUCAUCUGGAUUAGCAAGCACGUCGAGAGCGACGGAGCCGGCGCCGAGAGCGUGGGGCUGAAUCGUAUGGAGGAGAGCGUCAGCGCGAAUGUCUACUCGAGCCAGAACGACAAGAUUGACGACGAGACGAUGCGCGAGGUCGCGCGGAUACGGAGCGUCAUUCUGGCGCUGGUGGAGAAUGGGCUGCGCGUGGACGAGGACAUGGUCGUUAGGGGCUACAAGGUGGCUGUCGAUAUGGGCCUGGAGAGCAUCGAGGACGAUAUUUACCUUGGAGGCGAGCGGGGGAAGAGGCUUGCUGAGGCUUUGCUCAGAGAAUAG